AUGGGAAUUCAAGGACUGUUGCCACUUUUUAAAAACCAUUGCAAAAAGGGCCACGUUUCCGAAUUAAAAGGACAAAAAGUUGCCAUUGAUGCCUAUGUUUGGUUGCACAGAGGAGCCUACAGUUGUAGUGCAGAAUUGUGUCAAAACAAACCAACAGAUAAAUAUUUGGGUUAUUGUAUGCAUAUGGUGAAUAUGUUAAAACAUAACAAGGUGAUACCUGUACUUGUUUUUGAUGGAGCUAGACUUCCUUCAAAAGCAGACACUGAAAGUGAUAGAAGAUCUAGAAGAAAAGAAGCUCUAGAACAAGCACAAAUUCACUUACAAAAUCACAGAUACGAGCAAGCUAACGAAUGUUUUAGAAAGGCUGUUGAUAUCAAACCUUCAAUGGCAUAUCAGUUAAUAUCACAAUGUAAAAAAGAGGGUGUGGAAAUAGUAGUAGCUCCGUAUGAGGCUGAUGCACAAUUGGCUCAUUUGGCUAGAACUGGGUAUGUCUCAUGUGUGAUCACAGAGGAUAGUGAUCUGAUACCUUAUGGAGCUCCAAAAAUAUUUUUCAAAAUGGAUAAAUACGGCCAUGGAACAUUACUCAAUCUUGCCGAUAUCAAUCAUACACCAACAGCGAAUGGAAGUACGGAUUUUUCAAAAUUUACUCACGAUAUGAUGAUGAGGAUGUGUAUUCUUUCAGGAUGUGAUUAUUUGAGCUCGCUUUCUGGAAUUGGACCGAAAACAGCCUACAAGAUCAUUAAGGAAAACAGGACAGUUCCUAAAAUUAUGGAGGCAUUGAGAAAAUUGGGAAAGUUCAAGAGGCAAGAGAAUACUCAGCCAAAGUAUAGAGAAGCAUUUGUUAGAGCCGAGUUGACAUUUAAACAUCAACGAGUAUUUGACAUCCUUUCACAGGAAAUGAGAUGUUUAACAGAUCCGCCUUCCUGUCUUACGGAAGAGGAUAUUUACUUUUGUGGACCAACAAAACCAACAGAUAUAGUAGUUCAGAUAUGCACAGGUAUGAUAGAUCCCAUGUCUCACAAACCAUUCGUUUCUGCUCCGUCAUACGCCUCGAAAAGCUCUGUAAGUUUUAAUAGUUUUUCAUAUCUUACCUGUAUAUUAGAAUUUAACACCACUAAAAACAAACACAAUUCAAACCUAUUUCAGUAA